AUGCGACGAUUGUCGACUAGUGGGCGGCACGCAUUUAAUCGCGUGGACAUUUGGGCCGCUAUCACUGUUGGAGCCAGCUAUAGGACCCGAUUUGAGCCUUGGCACAGCGGAGUCAUUUUUGUGUCGUCGGGAGGAAUUGCAGGCGCUGUGGAUAUUCAUCUUCUCCAACUUGACGCUCUAACACCAAGGAGUCGUCAUCGUUUGCGAAACGAGCCACAACAAAAGGCGGAAAAGGGCGGAACAGUUGGAGAUGUGCAACAACAACAACAACAACAACAACAACAACAACAACAACAACAGCUUCGUUCAACUUUGAUCUUUCCCCCAAUCAUUCUUGUUAUUUUAACCCCUCCUCUUCGGCCGAUCUUCUAA